AUGUUCGAGAUUUUCACUCAAGGAUUCUCCUUCUUGAAUCUUCUCUCUAUUCUUGCUUUCUUCACUACAGUUGGACUCUUCUUCUGUGGAAUUCCAAUAUGCCGACAAAUCUGGAAAAGAAAAGAUACCAAGGAAAUCUCCGGUGCUCCAUUCCUCAUGGGAGUGGUUGGUGGAUGCUGUUGGAUGACUUACGGAUGGUUGAAGAAUGAUGGAACUGUUAAAUGGGUCACGGGAUGUCAAGUGAUUCUCUACACCACUUAUACCAUCUUCUACUGGUGCAUGACCAAGAAGAAGCUGUGGAUCACCCUCAAGGUUCUUGGAGUCAUUGGAAUCUGUACAUCUUUGGUAUUGGGAGUUCACUUCUUCGGAAUGAAGAUCUUCCAUCCUCUCGGAAUCGUUUGUCUCACUCUCAACAUUGCUGACUUUGCCGCUCCUCUUGGAGGAAUCCGAGUUGUGAUCCGUCGUUGGGCCACUUCCACUCUUCCACUCCCAUUGUGCAUUGCCAACUUCUUGGUUUCUUCUGAAUGGUUCCUUUACGGACUUCUCAAGAACGACUUCUACCUGAUCUUCCCUAAUGGAGUUGGAUCUCUUCUCGCUUUCAUUCAACUUCUUCUCUUCGUCGUUCUCCCAAGAAAGCCAGGACAACGUGCUCCAAUCGUCAGACUCUGGUUGUGGAUUCGUGGAGUCAAGGUUGAAGAGACCAAAGAAAUUGUCGCUGAGCUUGGAGAGUGUGAUGAAAAGAAGAUGAACCGCGCCCAGAGAUGGUCUCAAAAAAUCAAGAUGAACGUCUCUACCGUUGCCGAAGAGCUUGAGAAUGUCAUCUACAAUCUACCAACGAAGGAUCAGUUCGCCUAUACCCACAAGAUCGGAGAUGACGAUUCAUCUAGCGAGAAAACCGUCGAGACUCCAGAAGGAAGUAAGAAGACGUCAGUGGUGGAGGCUCCAAAAGUGUCUCCAGUCAUUGAAGGCGUCAAGGAUGCUGAUUUCGAGAGGAAAAUGAGAAAUUCGUUGAGAGCAGCUCAAGAAGCCCGAGAGACUGCUCUUCGAAGAACCAUCAGCUCUCCAGAUCUCUCCGAUUAG